CCCUUUUAUUGGCCCGCCCAAACCCUGCUGGGCGGGCCAUCGCAGCAUUUCCGCCAGAUCUCGCUGUCUCUGUCCAAGCACUCCAGCAGCGAUCCAGUCUCCUUCGCUUCGCCGUGCUCUUGACUGCACCCGAUACACCACCAUCGAUCCUCGGCAGCAGGACCAGCAAUGUCGGUUUUCCGCAAAUUCCGAUCUUUGAAGCGAUAUGCGCCCUUGGCUGUCCUGGUUGUGCUUGGGCUUCUCCUCUGCUGGCCAACCGAGCCAACCGAGUCGCCCAGCGAUAUCGUUCUGGUUAUCCCGGCCCCAACAGCAAACAACACUCAGUUCACCAACCAGCUCUAUGAGCUGAUCGACGCCACCCACAACAAAAUCAAGACCACCGGCCCGUAUCCAUACGAUAUCUAUGCCGAGCAUGGCCAGAUGCCUGAGCGGCCCUGUCUCCGUCCCAAUCCGACUCUUCCUCGCGAGGACGAGGACGGAGGACCUCUUGACCAGGACGCAGCCAAGAAGCCCUGCGUGAUCGACCGAUCCAAGUACCACAUCCGAGUCGAUGGACCCAUCGGCCAGCCCGUGUCCUUUGGCAUCGUGGCAUCCAACAUUGCCAUUGAACUGAACCGGCUUGGCUAUAAAAUGUCCAUGAAUAUUUGGGACUCUGGAAAGGCCAUCCUCACCCCCGAGCUGAUCCGGGUCAAGAGGAAGCAGGCUUGGCUCUGGCCCCCAACGACAAACGCACUCGACAUCCGCAUCAGCCACGUCAAUAGCUUCCAGGUGCAUCCCUCGACGCACUAUUUCGGGCUGACGGCCUCCGAGAUCCCGAUGGGGCCCAACACCAAACUGGGCCCGCAUCUGAUCAAGUACAUCGAGGCAGCGAUUCAGGCCAAGGACCGGGUUCAGAAGCUCUUUGUGCCCUCGCAUUUCGUCCGGGAACUGAUGGCGCCCUCGGUCAACGAUGCGCUGCAGUGGGUGAAUCUCUUCCCGCACGGCUUCGACGAGCGCGUGUUCACAUUUCAACCUCGGCUCGACAGAAUCGAUUCCAGCAAGUUCCAGUUCGUCUGGGUUUCUGUCUGGGGUGGACGCAAGAACACCCGGACGGCACUCGAGGCUUUUGUUCGAGCGUUUCCGGACGGGCUGGCCACAUUGCCGUCUGGCGAGCAGAUCCAGGUAGAGCUCAAGCUCGUCUGUGGCAGCCCCGUCACCAUCCAUCCAUGGGAGCGCGAGUACUGGAAUAGCAAGCCCGGCAUCGUCAUUGUCGAGCCGUCUGCGACACGAUCGCCUGCCGACAUUGCCCACUAUUACCAUGAGGCCGACUGCUUCGUGUUCCCGACACUUGCAGAGGGGUUCGGCCUGACGGUACUGGAGGCAAUGGCGACCGGACUGCCGGUAAUUGUGCCGGACUAUUCCGGCAUCAGGGACUUUUGCGACCGCCAGACGUGCGUCAUGAUCCCGCCAACCCGGAUGAUCAACCUGACCCUUGAAAAUGACUCAGGCUGUGGCGCCGAUAUCGACCCGCGGGUGCUGGAGCCCGUUCUGCAGAUGGUGGUGCUCAAUCGCCGAGCAUCCGUAGUGAUGGGAAGUCUGGCCGCCAACAAAGCACAUCGAGACUGGACCUGGAAGAGAGUGGUGGAAGACUUUGACCAACGCCAUAUCUGUCCCUUAUUUGCGGGCACAGCAUCCUAGAUGCGGCGGAGGGACAGUUGAGGCGCAACCUGACGAAGGGCAUCAGUGCCUGUGUUUCUGUUCAAGAACUCGAGCCUCGUCGGGAUCGAGAAGACCACAGGCUGUGCUUUCCGCACCAUAGCCGAUAUGCAAGCGCAAGGACACACUUCCGGUGCCUCUGCCUUAUCGAACCGCUCGUGGGAAUCGGUUUCCAGCGUCGUCCGCUCCCCAGUUUCGUGAUAAACAUACAAAUACACAGCAUGCAAACGUGUGCGCUGCCAAUGGAGUGCGAU